AUGCACGGUGAUAAUGUCACUGAUGAAGGCACAGGUAAACCAAACCAAAUAAUGGAUUACAACGCUACUAAAGGUGGAGUAGACACGGUAGAUUUGAUGUGUGCCAGAUGUUCCACGUCGAGAAAUACUCGUAGGUGGCCAAUGGUAGUAUUUUUCCGCCUUCUAGAUUUAGCAGCAAUCAAUUCCUACAAAAUUUUUAAAGCCAAUAAUCCAGACUCCACUAUUGUCCGAAGAAUAUACACAUUCAACCUAGCGCUCAGCCUAAUGAGGGAAAAUCUGAAUUAUCGAGCCACAAUUGCAAGCCUUCCUAAAGAAAUCAAGGUAUUUUUGGAAAAAUACAAACAGCCUGCAGAACCUAAUCCUCCAUCACAAAGUCGAGCUUGCGUUUUGUGUGGUAAACGAAAAAAUAACAGAACGUCGACAACCUGCUGUCAAUGUGGUAAUCACGUUUGUAAAAAUCAUUCAACCAAAACUGUUCAAUGUAACUCGUGUGUGCAACCCGAAAGUGACGACCAAGAAUAUUUUGAGGACGUAUAA